CAUUCAUUCAUUCAUGUUUAAGAACACAUUUCAAAGUGGAUAUCUUUCUGUUUUAUAUAGCCUAGGAAGUAAGCCUCUUCAAUUAUGGGAUACAAAAGUAAGAAAUGGGCAUAUAAAAAGAAUAUCAGAUAAUGAUAUACAAUCAUUAAUAAUUGAAAUUAUUGGAAACAAUGUUAGUACUACUUAUAUUACUUGUCCAAAUGAUCCUCGUAAAAACUUAGGAAUUAAACUUCCAUAUUUAGUUUUGAUUGUGAAGAAUUUAAACAAAUAUUUUACUUUUGAAAUACAGAUCUUAGAUGAUAAAAAUAUCAAGAGGAGGUUUAGAGCAAGUAAUUUUCAAAGUACUACUAGGGUUAAAUCAUAUAUAUGCACAAUGCCCUUAAGAUUAGAUGAUGGGUGGAAUGUUAUUCAAAUGAACCUGCCAGAUUUUGUUAAACGAGCUUAUGGCACAAAUUAUGUGGAAACAUUAAAGAUUCAGAUUCAUGCCAAUUGUCGAAUCCGAAGAAUAUAUUUUUCAGAUCGUUUAUAUUUAGAAGAUGAAUUACCUGCUGAAUUUAAAUUAUAUUUACCUAUACAAAAAUCAUCUAAUUCCAUUAAAUAAUUAUAGAACUUAUAUAUAAUCUGUAAAUACUAUAUAUAAUAUAGUUGCUUUGAAAAUGUUCACUAAGCAUGAAUGGAACCAACUUUAUUCUUGUAUUUGUAAUAUCAAUGUUUUUAAAAUGUUAAUAGUUAUUUUAUUACACUAAAUUG